AUGCCCAAGUCAAAACGAGCCAAAGUCUUCCACCUGACCCAAGUCACCAAGAAGACCCGUGAGCAAAAGGACAAGCUGUUCCAGAACAUCCGCGAUGCCGUGCCCGAGUACCAACACUGCUUUGUAUUCAGCGUCGACAACAUGCGCAAUAGCUACCUGAAGAACGUGCGCCACGAGUUGAACGACAGCAGACUCUUCUUCGGCAAGACCAAACUCAUGGCCAAAGCCCUCGGCCAGUCCCCCUCUGAAGCCAUCGCCCCCGGCAUCGAAGACCUAACGCAAUACCUCAGCGGCACCGUCGGCCUCCUCCUGACCAACCGCCCCGUCGAAUCCAUCCUCGAGUACUUUGACAACUUCGCACCCGUGGACUUUGCCCGCGCGGGCGUCACCUCUCCGCGAGACUUCACCAUCCCCGCGGGCGUCGUGUACGCCACGGCGGGAGAAGUCCCCGUGGAGCACGACGUGCCUCUCGAGCACACCAUCGAGCCUGAGCUGCGCAUGCUGAACGUGCCGACUCGCAUGGUCAAGGGCAGAGUGGUGCUGGGCGACGAGAGUGGCCAAGGCGAGGGCUACGUGGUUUGCAAAGAGGGAGAUGUGCUGGACUCGAGACAAACGAGGCUUCUGAAGUUGUUUGGGGUUUGCAUCUCCGAGUUCAAGGUCAAGAUUUUGGCGUACUGGAGCUCAGCGAGCGGAGAAGUCACAGAAGUUGAUCCAUCAGCCAUGGAGGGCGUGGACGAAAACUAA